AUGUGCGUGGGUUUUUCAAAGAAUGGGGAAAAAGACAAAGAAAAACCGAUUCAAUCAAAGUGUGGAUGUCGAUAUUGUAUACUCCAGCAACACAAUAGCUGAUAUGGACCCAACGGAUAAUUUGGCAGAGCUGAAUUUGUCGAAAGAAAAGGCGGAAGAGCUGCAAAAAAUCAGAGCAAGGUUGCCAACGUUUACUGCUACUUCGUCAGUUGAAAGUGAGCUGGCGAAGCUUCCCACGGAAAAGCCCUUCAGGGCAUUUGUAUAUAACGUGUCGUACACAGCUACAGAACAAGAUGUUGCAGAUUUUUUCACCCCUCUCAAAGUUACAAAUAUAAACAUUGUAGGUGGAGACAGUGGGUCGCGCGGAUUCUGCUUUGUAGAUUUUGAGAGUCGUGAGGACUUAGCCAAAGCCUUGGAACGAACUGACUCAUCACUUGCUGGUCGACUUGUCAAUGUUCGCAUUGCUGCGCCGAACAACAAUGAACGUGGUGGAUUCGGACGUGAAAAGAAUUCAUUUGGUGGUUCUCGUCGUAGUGAUAUGCCUUUCGAACGUCGUGGUGGUUAUAAACCUGCUGGUCUUCGAGAUGAUGCCGUUGACGGCGAAUCGCCGUGGAAGAGAGGCCUUGUAAGCCAUUCAAGUGGGUUUGCAUCUUCUGGCUUUACACCUAGCUUCAAGUCAGCACCAUCAACAGAACGCUCUAAGCUUAAUUUGCUUCCUCGUGCCGCACCGCGUGAACCACAUGAACAGAUAUCUGAUCGCCAUGCUAAAAUAUUUGGUGAAGCCCGGCCAGUAGAUACUUCUUCCAAGCUUCAGGAGAUUGAAAAACAGUUGGCUCCAACCAACCAAACUAAUGUCUCUUCUUACCCUUAGUCUUGCAGUAAUUGACCAUUUAGAAUGGUUGCUUUAUAAAGAUGACUUGUAACAAUUAAGGUAAUACACAAGCUCUACUUAUUUGUAUGCAAGUCCGUGAACUCUCCAAUCUAGGGCAUAACCUAGAAAUAUAUUCUGUUUAUAUUUUGUAAAGCUGUACCGUUAGGUUUUUCAUGCUUUCAAUGUUUGAUCUCCCUUCCCUCACCCCUUUCCUCUCUCUCUCUUUCUCUCUCUCUCCCUCUCUCUCUCUCUCUAAACCAACUUAAAUAUGACUACUGUUUGUUUUUUAUUCUAACAGUAUAUGCCACAGAAAGUUGAUUUUCUGUAUUUAACUUAUUAAUCUGUAGUGAUGACGUGUUUGUUCAAAGGGUGGAUACAUUUUAUUUUCUCGCUUUUACUGAACAAACUGUCAAUAAAGAUGAGGGAGGCUAUUUCAUUUUAAUUGUUUUAUCCCUAGCGUUUAUUGUUUGUUUUGAUCAGACUACAUAAUUUUGACACUGAAAGAAAUUGUUGCACAAUAACGC